GAAGUUAUCACAAAUUAUUGAAGCAAUAGAAAGAAAAAAAAAAGCAGCAGACAGCAAACUACAGUUGCAUGAUAGAACAGAAGCGGUAAUACUAAAGUUAAGAAUCUGUUUGUCUUGGACUAACGUUUGGAGCAUAUUAGAUUCUAAGUAUUCUAGGUUUCCUACACGGUAGGAUUCGAGAAUUUCAAAUUUCACAUCACAAUAUAUAUUGUAUAGAGCAUCAUAUGUUACUGAGGCACGAUUAGCACAUGAACUUGCUUUCGUUUAGUGAUUUUGUUUCCACUGUAAGGUAUACAGAAUGUAAGUGAAUUUUAUAAGUAUCGUUGAAAUUCGAGCAGGUAACUUCUCUACAGAGGGCCACUUAAAUUCAACGAAUUAUAAAACAGAGGAUCGCAACAAGGGUACCAUUAUCUACGUGACAUGGUACACCUGUGGACUUUCUAAUAGGGGAUAGUUUCUAUCGAGCGGCCGUUCGUUAGGUUAGGUUAGGUUGGAGACGGGCUAACCGUGAACUUGCGUGCUGCUCAUUCGAUACUAAAGAAAAUCUGUUCUUCGCGGGGGGUAGGCCGCACUUUGCCUACGCAUAUCUGGCGAAUCAAUCAACGCCAGGACGUAGUUUAUACUUGAUUUGCUUAUUCCGAUGUGUUACAUGCCGACAUUCUGCUCCCAUUUGUCUGCUGAUAACACUGGAGCUUCGUAUUUGUGGACAGAUGUCGAUCAUGGCAAGAUAGUGAAAAGUAUGGUGCAGGAUCCAAAAAUUGUACAACAGCAGUUCAAUCAAAUCGGUAUAAAGUAUCGUUAUUUGAUAAGUUAGAGUUUGUAAUAUUAAUUUGGUUAUUGAUAUCACUGUUACAGAUAAUGACAAACUAGAAGUAUAUAUAUUUUUAAGACUCUCUGCAAAUAUACAGUCCGUGUUUCUCUCGACCAUCAGACGUACGAAGGAUUCGCAGGUAUCACAUAAAAAUCCAGAGAUUCGACUGGAUGGAAUAUUUCUUCGGAUUUUAACAGCUUCUACAAAACGGUGAGUGAUGCUGGAUGGCAACUUCUCUUUAUUAUGAUUUACAGAAGUUUAGAAUUUCACUAUCAGAUUUUGUGUGUAUUUUGAAUUUGUUCUUAGGAGGGCGAAAAAUACGUGAGAUUCCGUUCUCCUAGGGGUAGAUUCAUCGUGCGCCAAUUUGAAUUAAAUAAAUGCACCGGAGUAAGUGUCGAUAACCAACCCCCAGCCAUCACCCACUUUCGGGUGUAAAACUAAUUCUGGGAUACCCUGUAUAAUUUUCUAUAUUCUGGUCCUAUUCCAAUUUCGCAUACAACAACGAAGUGUGCCACCGAGCAAAUCAUUAUUCAAUCCUUUUCCUAGCAAACGCUAAGUAAUAAUUACAUGUCGGUUAUGCUGGAUUUUUCUACUGAAGGAUGUGAUAGUUAUAAAACACUUGAUAUACGUAACUAUUACGUUGCUUGGGAGAAAAUUGUUAAAUGGCUGAUAGGCGUCUGUUAGCUCAAAUGUUACUGGAGUGAAAUUGCGACAUGCGAUUUCCAUCGUUCAUUGAUUUUUUCUUUUUACGGGUGUAUACGGUAAAAAUGCUUUCUCAAGUUAUCAUUGAACUUUGGUUCGGUUAUUUCCCUCUAGGGGGUUACUUCGGUUCAACGAAUACGUAAAACCAAGGAUCGCAAUAAGCUGUCAUUACCUGUAUCGCAUGGAACACCUGUUGAGUUUUCAAUAGGAGACGGCUAUAACCCCUCAUUAUUUAGUCAGAUUGGACUCGGGCUAGACGUGAGCCUAUAUGCUCGUCAUUUAUUACUUAAAAAAAUUGAUCGGACGGAGGGAUGCUUUGCCUCACUCGACGUGCCUCUGUCGACCAAUCGGAUCGCAGACAUACUUUUCUUCGGUGGUAGGGAACGACUCAUCCGUUAGUUUCCAUCGAGCCGUUGAAUUGCCAUAAGCUUCCGAAAUAUAAAAGUUCGGUUUAAUUGAAUCCCGGUAGUCGAUCCGUAAUGUUUAAUUGUAAAAUUAACGAAAUAGUGAUAUUUUUGAAUUUGUUACAAUUAAAUUAAAUUAAAUUAAAUUAAAUUUAAAUUAAAUUAAAAUUGUUAAUUUUGUUUAAAAGAUUUCUUCUAAUCUUAAUAAAAAGUUUUGAAAAGUGAUCUCCAAGCGUCGGAUUUCGAGAUUAACCGUAUCGUGCAACAUCCGCCAAUUUUACCUAACUUCAAAAUGGAUAUUUCUGAAGCCGAGAAAGUUUUAACAUGGAACAAGUGGUUGCUCGAUUUUCUUGGAAUCUGGCCUACCAACAAAAAUAAUACUAAAUUCUAUUUUUUCUUUACUUUCAUAACAGUUCAAUGCUGCUUACAGUACGCUGAUUUAAUAGAAUAUAUCGAUGACUUCGAAUAUGUUCUCGUAAAUUUAACUGAAAGUAUUGUGUUUACCAUGAUACUUCUCAAGAUUGUUCAAUAUAAAAUUAAUACGGGACGACUGAUUGAAUUAAUACGUGACAUUAGGACGGAUUAUUCAAAAGAACUGUACCGCACAGAAGAAGAAAUGGCUAUUUUCAUACGGUAUAAUUCAUUUUCAAAAAUAAUUCUAUAUUGCUUAUCAAUAUCAGGAGUGAUUACCAGUAGCCUCUACUAUAUUCGGCCAUUGUCCAGCUACCUGUUGGCUCACAAUGAUCCCACAGGAAACUCAUCCAGUUCCUUCAUCUUGCCAUAUCACGUCCGGUUAUUCUUCGAUUUGACGGAAGUGCCAACGUAUUACGCCAUAUAUGCCUGUGAAAUAUGGGUCAUCCCGAUGGUUGUGUGCGGAUUUAUGGGCACCGAUUGUUUACUGAUAACUCUGGUGCUGCAUGUUUGUGGACAAUUUUCAAUUUUAACAAUCCAAGUGGAAAAUUUAACGCACGAUCCACGAGAACUGCAUGAUGAGCUCAAACGUAUCGUUAUAAAACAUCGUCGCUUGAUAAGACUCUUUGCUAAUUUGCAUUCUGCUUAUUCUACAUUUCUACUGCAAGAACUCGUUGGUAUCACUUUACUUACGUGCUUAGGCAGCUACAACGUUAUCGUGACUCCUAUUCUGAAAGAAACUACAUAUUUUUUGAUAUUUGUAUUUUACAUUAUUAGCAUAAUUUCUCAGCUUUAUGGUUUCUGCUAUAUAGGAGAAUGUCUAAUAAUUGAGAGUGAAUGUUUGUGUCACGCAUUUUACAAUUCUGAAUGGUACAAUGCGCCACCACAUCAUGGAAAAUUUAUUCUGAUGUGCAUAUUACGCUCCCAAAGGCCUCUCGCAUUGACUGCAGGAAACAUAUUUACAUUCUCUUUGGAAAGUUUCACGCAUGUACGUCAAAAAUUAUUUAUUAAUUUUGAUUCAAAGCAUGUUCUGUUAUCGGUUAUUCAUCGAAACUCUUUCGCAUUAACAGGUUUUAAAAACAUCAAUGGCUUACCUAUCAGUUAUACGAAACUGCUUAUAAAUGGAUCUCAAGAGAUUUCAGGAAGUAGGACUUGCCUUUUUGAAAUUUAAAAUAUGUUAUAACCCUAUCUACAUACAUAACUGAAUGUCCUUUCGAGUGGUUUAGACGGCACAGUUUAAAAAAGUGCCUCAAUAUUACUGACCAGUACUUUAAUUCAUUUAGGAAACUGCCAGAAAAUUUCUGCUGUCGUUACAAUUGUAUUACACUAGUCUGUGAUAUUCUGUCAGUUGUGAUAUUGAUUUACUGUACUACCCUUUCGUAACACGGCCCAAAUUCUUGCACAAUGUUCACCAAUAUUCUCUACCAAAAGAUUCACGCACUUUGAACCCUCACGAUACACUUUCAAAAUUACUCAUCUCCAAACUGCAGCCUACGUAGUCGGUCACUCGUUCAGAAGAGGAAAGUGAUCUCGGUCGUGUGCGUCUCCAUUGGUCCGCUCUGAGGCUAAAUGUGCUACUUUUGCAACACAUUAAUUGGAUCUGUUACUAACUCCGAUUUAAAAGGGCACUGAAGUACGCAAGUACGCUGUAUGCGUUCUUAUCAAAAGGGUAACGUAUUUCCUUAACCCGACACCGAUAACGUAAAACCGAGAACUAACCUACGUCACCUUCGGCCAUCCAUCCUUCGUUCAUGCAUCCGCAUGCCAGGCGGGCAGCAGCCAAUUCUUGUUCCACUGGGAACUGACGAGCCGGUAUGACCUGGGAGUUGAGGUAGAGCAGUCUCGACUCCGUCUAAACGGGAGCUCUGACGAAGCCUCUCAGAAGAGACGAUAGCUUAACGGAUCCUGUCGGUUUUCGGGGACGCGUAAAAUCAGCAAAACGUAACUGGAUGCACCAACGGAAGCGAACGGUUACGGAAAUGCACGGCCGCUCAGGCUGCUUGGUUGACGUAGCGAGUGCCGGAGUAAGCGUCAGGUAAAUAGUACCGGAAACAGAAAGCGAUUGACCGAGAACCUAGCAGAACGAAUCAGAAAUGUAAAAUCGAAAUUCCUUGACUAAUUCAUAAAUUGUGAAUCCUCACGAAAGGGUGGUGCAGUUUUCGCAAGGUAGUGAAUCGAAGGGAACCAGAAAGCAAGAACGUUAUCUGAAUCGGUAGCUGGGGUCGUCUUGCGGCCGUGAGUCGAAAAAUGACGUCACAGAACGUACCUGUCACACGAUGCUAUGAUACAAUUUGUCACAUGCACUUGCUAUAAUUGGUUGUAUUUUUUUCGAUUCCUACGCCUACAGAAUAUAUACGUGAGUCACUGAA